AUGGACCCUACAAAGACCAAGAUCCCUCCAAUGAUGGAUCUAACCAUUGACAACAUCACCGAGAACACGGUGCUAAUCAACUCCCAAAGCGGGGACCAACGCCUGACAUACGUGAUGGAGCGGCUUGUCACCCAUCUUCAUGAUUUUGCACGAGAAACAAGAUUAAGCACGUCGGAAUGGAUGGCUGCAUUAGAUUUCCUGGUCAAAGUAGGGCAAAUAUCCAGCUCUGUCCGACACGAAUUCAUUCUCCUAUCUGAUAUCCUCGGCCUCUCCCUCCUUGUCGAUGCAAUCGAUCACCCGAAGCCCCCCUCCAGCACCGAAGGUUCGGUCCUCGGGCCCUUCCAUACCCACGAUCCGCCAACAAUUGGCAACGGGUCCUCCAUGGCCUCCGACCCACAAGGGGAACCAUGUCUGGUCAUUUGCACAAUCAAGGACGUCCAAGGGAACGCUAUCGAGGAUGUGAAGAUUGAUAUUUGGGAAACUGAUAGCACGGGGCAUUAUGAUGUACAAUACGAGAACCGGCAAGCACCUGAUGGGCGAUGCGUUAUGAAGAGUGAUAAGGAAGGUGGAUUUUGGUUCAAGGCGAUUGUCCCGGUCCCAUAUCCGAUCCCGCAUGAUGGCCCGGUGGGGGAUCUCUUGAAACUGUUGCACAGACAUCCAUGGCGGCCUGCCCAUAUGCAUUUCAUGUUUGAAAAGUCCGGGUGGGAUAAUUUAAUCACGGCUGUAUACAUUCGCAACGACCCCUACGAAUCCUCCGAUGCUGUCUUCGGCGUGAAAAAAUCCCUAGUUGUUGAUUUCACGCCUGCGGACGCAGAAACGGCUAAGCAAUAUGGUGUGAAAGAGGGGACCAAGGUACUGAAGCAUGAUUUCGUACUUGUUAGUGCGAAGGAUACGGAGAAGUUAAGAGAUGAGAAUGCCUUGAAGGCGUUGAAGGAGCUGGGCCUGAGGGUUAAGUUGAUUGAUCACUUGCCGGUGCCAGAUCUGGACUAA